AUGUUUCUGCUGGGGGGCCGCGGGCAGGGCGGGAGCCAGCUGGCCGCUAGGCUGGGGGGCCGCGGGAGGGGCCGCGCCCCUCUGCGGCUGGCAGCUCGGGGGACCGGGGCCGCGGCGCCAGGCCCGUCCCGCAGCAGCGGCAUGGCCGCGGGCAGCAUCACCACGUUGCCGGCCCUGUCCGGGGAUGGAGCCAGCGGGGGCGCCUUUCCCCCGGGCCACUUCAAGGACCCCAAGCGGCUGUACUGCAAGAACGGAGGCUUCUUCUUGCGCAUCCAUCCUGAUGGUCAUGUGGACGGCAUCCGCGAGAAGAGCGACCCGCACAUUAAACUCCAACUUCAGGCAGAAGAGAGAGGAGUAGUGUCUAUUAAAGGUGUUUGUGCCAACCGUUAUCUUGCCAUGAAGGAGGAUGGCAGAUUACUGGCUCUGAAAUGUGUGACUGAAGAGUGUUUCUUCUUUGAACGUCUAGAGUCCAACAAUUACAACACUUAUCGCUCAAGGAAAUACUCCAAUUGGUACGUGGCACUGAAACGCACAGGCCAGUAUAAGCUUGGAUCCAAGACUGGACCGGGGCAGAAAGCUAUCCUUUUCCUUCCCAUGUCUGCUAAGAGCUGAUUGCCAUGGGACGCUCUGUUUCUUCUUCCAUUCAAAAGGAGACAGAAGAUGGAAAAAAAAAAGAAGAUAGAAACAUGGGCAUGUUGGUCCAAUUGGGAUGACUGGCUAAACUGUAAUCUUUACUUUAUCCUGGGGUGAAUUAAAUUAUUAUGUCACCUAAA